GAGCUGGGUGAAGAGGACCUGACUGAGGCAGAACUAGAAUGUCUACGACGCGAACUCACGGCUGAGGUUGCUGAACUUGAGUGGGAGUUCAAACAUGCAAAGGAAACGCUGUAUAACGAACGGAUUGCUCAAGUCAACAACAAGUUAGCUCAAGCAAAAGCAGGAACAGCCCCAGAGUUUCUACAUGUCGUUUCUCUUGUGGAAGAGACUUACAGAAUACGUCGUCAGGUGGCCGAGUGUAGACGGGAUUUCGCGAUCGAAGUGGCCAACAAGGAACUGGACAACGAAUUGAAAGCGGCUCAGUGCAUAAUGAAUGAGCGAUUAUUAAUCACUGAGGAACAGAUACGGAGACGAUUGCAAGAAAGCAUGUGCCGACUUCAAGUGGAACGAGCUGCUAUGACUUUACACGCAUCCAGUGGAGGUUCCACAUCGAGAAAAUCUCGUUCUUCUGGAAGUCCUUUUACGGGAGAUUCGGCCGAUCGAUCGGACGCACCAACGCGAACCGCCCUGGCCACAUUGGAUCCCAAUCUCUACCUACCCAGUCCGAACUUGGAGCCCCGCAAAAAACCAAUCACUCUCUCCCCCACAACUCCCCGCCUGGUAUACCAACUUUCAGAGGAGGAUAUCCGCGCAGAUGUGGAGACAAUCAUGGCUGCUGUGAAGGAACACAAAUUAGCCCUGGCUAUGGCCGAAAUGAACGGUGGCAAACGGUUAUGUUGA